CACAGGCCGCCCGCCCCGCACAGGUCGCCCCGCCGCCGCCCUCUCCUCCGCUGGCGUCCUCAUAGCCCCGCUGCAAAGGGGAGGCCCCGCAGGGGGUUGCAGUGGGCGAGGCGGCGGCAUGGCGCGGGCAGACAUGUCCAAGAAGGGACAGCUUACGGAGGUGCUGAAAAAGGAAGUGAGAUCGUUGCUAAUCGCUGCCAAGGAGGGCUUAACCCCAGCUCAGCUGGAGCAAGAGUACAUGGCCAUGAUUGGCAAACCACUUCCUGUACAUGACCUGGGCUUCCAAUCCACUUUGGAGCUGGUGGCAGAUAUGCCUGAAGUUGUCAGAAUCUGUACUUAUGGGAAAGGCACUUUUAUCCUCAAAGCCAUUACUGAUGAGACCACCAAAACAAUUGCCAGACUGGUUGCCAGACAGAGGAGAAGUGCUAAGGAACGGAAGAGUGCUGCUGUGAGGGCACAUACUAUUUCUUCCCAUAAGAAUCCACGGAGUUUCCCUUGGAGGGGCAAGGCUCCCAUCCUGCCAGCAACGGUGAAGGCUGAGUUGCAGGAUCUGCUGAGUUCCUCGCCACUUCUGCUCUUGGACUUUCAUAAUGCCUUCUUCAGGCGCUUUGGCCGGGCAUUUGAGCACACACAAUAUGGAUUUUUCUCCAUGUUUGAAGUCCUGAAAAGUGUGUCUGAUAUCAUUGUGGUUGAGCGGACAAAAGCAGGUUCCUUGCUGACCCUGAGGAAGCAUCUGGCAAGUGAGAUAAAGAAGGAAGAGGCGCCACGAGGCGAGACGCAGGAAGAGGCGCCACGAGGCAAGACGCGGGAAGAGAUGCCACGAGGUGAGACGCGGGAAGAAAUGCCACGAGGUGAGACGCGGGAAGAGAUGCCACGAGGUGAGACGCGGGAAGAGAUGCCACGAGGUGAGACGCGGGAAGAGGUGCCACGAGGUGAGACGCGGGAAGAGAUGCCACGAGGAGGAACUGCAGUUGAGAUGCCUCCUUUGGAACCCAUCUGUGAGACAGAGAACUGUUACCUAACCACAGAAGAGAAGUCGGAGCUAGUGGAAACACAAGCAGUAGAUUUGGAUGAUGGCUUCAAACAAGCUCGAGAUUUGCAGCAGUCCCUAUUAGAGAAAUUGAUAAUGACUCCAGAAAUACCCCCAGAUGCUGUUCAAGACAGAAGUCUUUGCAGUUUACCACCACUGAAGAGAAGGUGCUUGGUGGGAGUCCACGUGAAAGUAAUAGUCUCUCCUAGCCAGUUCUACAUCCAUGUAUGCACCAGGGAAACAUCUGAUGAACUGCAGGAUAUGAUGGUUGACAUGAGACGCUGCUACUCACAUAAACUUGUUUCUGAUCGUUAUAUCAUGCCUGAGUCUUCAGUACAGCCCGGACAGCUUUGCUGUGUAAUGAUCUCAAAAUGGUGGUACCGUGUUGUCGUUCACCGUGUGAUCAAUGACAGAGAUGUAGAGGUGUUCUACCCUGAUUAUGGAAACCUCGAAAUUGUCCGAAAGUCUUGGCUGAGGUUCCUCAAGUGGUGCUACUUGAAGCUCCCUGCUCAGGCCAUCCCGUGUUCCUUAGCAUGGGUAAAACCCAUGGAGGGUACAUGGUCCAAUGCAGCAAUUCUCCUAUUCAAGAACCUGUGUAGUUCCAAGCUACUUGUGGGCACUGUGGAUGAAUAUGUCAAUGGCAUUUUGCAUCUUUUCCUGUGUGACACAUCCACUGAGGAGGAUGUCUACUUCCACUGUGUCUUGAAGGAUAAAGGAUAUGCUGAUAUCUGUGGAAAGAAUGUUCCUUCUGAGGGAUUCAAGGAACUGAAUCCUUUGGCCUUGUAUGUUCAGCCCUGUGAGAAGUGGGAGAAUGCUGAACUGGUGGAACCAGACCUUUGCUUGCAGCAGGAGUCUCUAGAUGCAGAUAGUGCAACAGCAACCUCAAAGCUGGAUGGGAAUGAACUGUGUGAUCAGCAAUGGCAUCUGUCUGAUAAUGAGGAGACACAGGAUGAUGUGCCGCCACUUUUGGAUGAAGUGAGUGUCCCAGGAACAACAGACCAAGACAGUGAACUUGCACAGAACAGUACAGGUGAAACUUCUACAGAUCUUGUGGCAGUGGUUAAGACACCUCAUUGUCUUGAAGAGUCCUCAGUGCCUGUUGUCUUAUUCAAGUCAGUGAAAGACUUUUGCACCUCCUGUAUGUGCUCCAAGGAACCAGGAGGAAUGAACCAAGAUAAGCCUGAUGAGAUAGAAAGAUUUUCCAACAAUCUCCAACUUCGUGAAGCUGUACAUCCUUCUGUUCUCCUUAUGGCAAUGCCGUUUAUGGACAACCAUAACAAUGAAGAGCAAAUGAGGAGCAAAGACCAUCCUGGGAGUCUUGCAGUUAGCCUGUGCUUUAACAGUGGAAUGCCUGACCAGGGGCUGUCCCGGAAACUCUGUCUCCCUCCUACCACGAUACCUGCAGUGUUGGCAGCUGCACGCUUAACCUCUUCCAGUAGCUACUUCCACUGGCUCCCCAGCUUGAGAAAAAAGGUGUGAGAAGAGGGAAGACGCUGGAGCAGCUGCCGGGGGCAGCAAAGGUCUUCUGUGUGACCUUGCUAUUAUUUUCUUUGCUCAGAAAUGUUUAAUCACUUGGAAAAACUUGGGAGUCUUUCAUCUUUCCAUAUGUGAUAAAUGUUGCUUUUACUGAUAGGAAAAUAGUUUGAUUUUGCUGUGCUGGUUUAUUGCUCUUUAAUGGUUCAAGAGAACAUUUAAGUGUCACAUUGUUAUAUAUCCUUUAAGUUUAGGAGAGGGAAACUGACUACUUGUCCUUCAGUGCACGAGCAGUUUGACAUUGUGUGAAGAGAUGUUUUUGGGUUUUGACACAGUGGAUGCUCUACAUGCUCUUUGCUGUUAGAGCUGGUUGUAUCCCAGCUCACGCCUCAGUCCCUGGAGGUGCUGUUAACUUGCAAGAAGAAGAUGCUCUGAUUUGUUGGUGAAUUGUGAUGCCACUCAUGAAGCAUCAGGAAUCCCAUGUCACUGAUACGGAGUGAAAUCUCAGAAGAAUCCAGAGAAAGGAAGCUUACGUUGGCCAUGUUUAUGUAGAUCCGUGCCUGUGGCAAGAAAUCCAUUUGGGUUUGCGUUUGUUAAUGCAGAGGGGAGCUGCGAAAAUAAAAGUACCCUGGUUAUGCAUGCUGGUGUUCAGCUGGUUUGCUGGUGCCCAGACUGUUCCGCGGGGCUUCAGGGGCUUCAAGGACCGUUCUGUACCCACCUGCAAAUGUGCCAAAGGUAUGCUUCACUGCAGACCAGCAAGUAAAGCUCAAGACAGGGUUUAACAUUAAUAUUGC